AUGGCUACAAAUGGAGCCUCGGAGGCCUUUGCGCCCAACGAUGUGCUGUCAGCUAUGGUAACCAUGCGAGGAGGAGAGCAGGAGAGCAAGAAGAAGGCGCACGCAUACUUGGAGCGGUUCCAGAAAUCUGUCAGAUACCCUGACCCACGACGGCUCAAAGAUGCUUGGGGCACCAUCAUCGGCAUUCUCCAGUCGGACGGCGAGCCCGAGGCCAAGCUCUUUGCGGCCAUUACUUUGCGCGGAAAGAUCACCUACGACCUGGCAACGCAAGUAUCGGAAACCGAGUUGCCUGCACUGCGGGACCAAAUCCUCCUCCUCCUCAAACAUUUCGCUGCGGGUCCUAAGCCGAUACGAGUUCAGCUUUGCGUCUGUCUGGCGACACUCGCGGUCCAAAUGAAGGAUUGGAAGGAUGUUCUUCCUACGGUGGUUUCAUCCCUCGGCGACAGCGUCGAGAGCCAUGCCGCCGUCCUCGACUUCCUGCGCGUGCUGCCCGAGGAGGUGACCGAAGGCCGCAAAAUCACCUUAACUCGGACCAGGGAAUUGCUGGGUGACAACACGGAUCAGGUCGUGCAGCUUCUCAUCAAUUAUGCUCAGUCCUCUGCCCAGAACCCUCAACUAAUGGAGUGCAUCACCUCGUGGUUGCGUGAGGUCCCUGUCAGCACCGUUGUGAACUCUCCCCUCCUUGAUGUCAUUUUCAACGCCGUCGGCAACGACCAGGCGUCGCAGGAGGCAGCGGAGUGCCUGUGCACAAUUUUCAGAGAAACGCGGGAUGUGGACGACAAUCUGGAGGCUAUUCAGGUCCUCCUUCCCCGAGUCAUUGCUCUGCGCCCGAGAAUCGCGGCGGCCGUUGAGGAAGAGGACACCGAAGUUUACAAGUCUCUCACCAAGAUCUUUGCCUUGGCCGCCGAAGCUUGGGUUGUGGCCAUUGCUCGCGAGCCCGGUCAUUUUGGAUCACUUGUCGAUGCGGUUCUUGAGUGCGCCGCCAGAGACAAGGAUCGGGAUGUUAUUGAGCAUACAUUCCAAUUCUGGUACGAGUUGAAGCAGUACAUUGUCCUGGAGCGGUACAUCGAGGCAAGACUGCAGCUUGUGGAGACUUACUCGAAGCUCGUGGACAUUCUGCUCAAGCACCUGGAAUACCCGCAGUCGGAAUCGGCAAGCGAGACGGAUCUUUUCGACGGCGACCGUGAGGCAGAGGAAAAGUUCCGCGAAUUCCGACACCAGAUGGGCGACACCCUCAAGGACUCUUGCGAGGUGAUGGGUGUGACCGACUGCCUCACAAAGGUGCUCGAAGCCAUCAAGAUUUGGAUGCACAAGUACGCCGGCCAGGCUUCGGCUACCUCGGUCCCGCACUGGCAAGAAUUGGAGGCACCCCUUUUCGCCAUGCGCGCAAUGGGACAGAUGGUCGACAAGGAGGAGAACGUCGUGCUGCCGCAGCUGAUGCCCCUCCUCGUUCAGAUCCCCAGCCACGAAAAACUCCGUUUCGCCACCAUCAUGGUUCUCGGUCGGUACACGGAGUGGACUUCGGCCCAUCCCGAGUACCUUGAGCCUCAGUUCAACUACAUCGUCACGUCUUUUCAGACGGACUCGAAGGAAGUCGUCAGAGCUGCCGCUAUGGCGAUCAAGUAUUUCUGCACUGAUUGCAAGCAGCUCUUGAGUGGUCAGGUUCUCCAGAUGCAGACAUUCUACGACCAGAUUCUCGACAAGCUUCCUGACAUGAGUCAGGAAGAGAUCACGGAGGGUGUCGCCAGUGUCGUUGCCGUGCAAUCACCUGCCGAGAUCUAUAAGCUUCUCAAGCUUUACUGCGAUCCGUUGGUUCAGCGAUUGAUGAAUAAAGCCAACCUUGCAACCGACGACAAAGGCAAACUGGCGCUCGCAGACCACCUCCAGCUCAUCACCAUCUUCAUACAGAUUGUCGUGCCCUACGUCGGUCCUGGCGAGGAGAAUCCUGCGGUUAAGUACUGGCAAGAGGUUUUCCCGGUCCUGGCCACGAUCCUGGACAACUUUAUGGGUUUCGUUCCGAUCUGCGAGAGAAUCUGCCGCUGCUGGCGCAACAUGAUCAUCUCAUACCGCACAGCAAUGACGCCCCUGUUGCCGGAGAUGGCCAACAAGCUGGCAGGCGGUUUCGCUGCCUCUCGGCAAGGCGCCUUUCUCUGGGUCACGGCAGCCAUACUAAGAGAAUUUUCCGAGGACCGGGAGCACGUCGACCAAGAGAUCACCCAGAGCAUCUACGCCUUUUUCGAAGCCCAGACAACUACGUUCUUGCGGGUGAUGAGCGACCUUCAGCCCAGCGAGCUCCCCGACGUCAUUGAAGACUUCUUCAGGCUUCUCAUUGACGCGCUUCUCUACUACCCUGCCAAGCUGAUUCCAUCGGAGCUUCUGGGUCCCAUCUUCGAGGCUGCCGUGUACGCUCUGACGUUGGAGCAGCGCGAUCCCCUGUCGGCCACGCUGCACUUUCUCCGCGACCUUCUCACGUAUGGAGGCGACAACCCUGCGACGUCAGACGUGCUGCCCCCGGAUGUGGCUGCUCACAUUCGUGAGGUGGUGAGCAAAUUGCUUGCGACUCACGGCGAGAAAUUGGUCAAGCAGGUAAUGGCCGGCAUGAUGAUCACGUUUCCUCGGGAUUGCUUCGCCGACGGUAGCGGCGUCUUGCUGGCAAUGUUUGAGCUCUUCCCAGCCCAGACGACCACCUGGGUGGAGCGUACCAUCCAGCUUCUGCCUCAAGGCACCAUCACGCCCGUCGAGGCGAACCGACUGAUGACCAAGAUUAAGGAACGUCUUAGUGGCAACGACGCUACCGCCAUUAGGCAGGUGAGGGCGCUCCUCCAAGAUUUCACCAACACCUAUCGCCGGCGGUACGUGGCCCCGCGAGAGGGCCUUGGCCAGCUGGAAGCUGCCCGCUUUCAUUUCACAGGUUAG